ACAUCUCACAUUCUCUCUCUGGAGUAUACGCCCAUAUUCUCAUUAUUCACAAAAGCUGCAAGUGAUUUUCCAAUUUCCAUUACCAAAUCCAAAAUCAAACCCAAUCCCAGAAUCAGAUUUGCCAUGGUCAAGCUAGUCUCCGCUAGAGAUUUCAGGGUCUAUGGCCCUCGUUCGGUUCGGAACCGGGCGGAGUACAUCAAUGCCGGCCUCUACUUGUUCGCCACUAUCCUCCUUCUGGGUGGCUUUGUUGCUCAGCUUUCCCGAGAACCCAAAUCUGGUUUGGCACUAAUUCUUCUCGCCACUUCCCUAUUUGCCAUCGUUAAUUUGCAUGAUCUCUUCGCCCAUCUCGCCGGAAUUGAUUACCGGUUGCCACUGCUUGUUCAGUACGAUGCCCAGCUUUUUUUUGUGGAAUUUGCUGUUCCGUUUCUUCAGGCGAUUGGGUCGCUGCUUUUGUCUUUCGCUGCACUGUUUCUUCUAAUUCAGGAAAAGAAGGGACAUGAUUAUCACAAACUCGAAAAGCAUGCUUCAAAUAUGCUUAUUGCGGGUCCUGCCUUAUGGAUGCUUGGAUCGAUCCACAACUCAUGCCAAAUCUACGAAAGGGCUGAUGCACAUGUUCAAAUCUUGCAACAGAGUGUCCAUAUUCCAUUUUUAAUAGGAAGCUUGCUGUUUUUUGUUGCAGCAGUUCUCAAUAGCUACGAGCAAGUUGGGUUAGCCCAUCAUGGUCUCAAACUUCUGGGCAAAAACUGGAUUUGGUUAGGUAUCUUUGGGAGCUUAUCGUUCUUGUUAGGCGGAUUGGCAAACGUGCUUAAAGUGUUCAAGAUGCAGCAGUUCGAGGGACUGCGACUUGAGAAGCUUCGAGGAGGGGCAAACGAGCGGCUUCUUGGAGAAAGAGAAGGCAGGAUUCCUCUGAUUCUAGAGGAUCAGGGUAGGAGAAAACGACACUCAGAUGAAGAAAGAGGAAGGGUCGAAGCCAGACCAACGCCUUAUAAAGACGUACUCGUAGGCCAAUCACCCUGGCAAGAAGAAAAUAAUAACAAUAAUAAUAAAAGAGAAAACAUAUAUUUCAAUCGUUUUAGAUUAUGCUUACGGAAAAGCCCAUCGAAAUCCUCUCCCCUUCCAGCUCUCCGUGAAACCCUAACUUCCAUAUCCUCACCAAUUCCUUGCUUUCCCCAGGGUUUAUAUUUAUUAAUCUCAGUGUUCUCCUGUAAGUUUGGCGAAAUGGCAUCAGUUUCUAGUCAGCCACAGUUCCGUUACACACAACCACCCUCAAAGGUUCUCCACUUAAGGAAUUUACCUUGGGAAUGUACUGAGGAGGAACUGAUUGAACUGGGAAAGCCAUUUGGAAAAGUCGUGAAUACAAAAUGUAAUGUUGGAGCAAACAGAAAUCAAGCUUUUAUUGAGUUUGCAGACAUAAAUCAAGCUAUUGCAAUGAUAUCAUAUUAUGCAUCUUCCUCUGAGCCUGCACAAGUUAGAGGAAAAACUGUCUAUCUGCAGUAUUCUAACCGGCAAGAAAUUGUGAACAACAAAACAACAGCUGAUGUUCCUGGAAAUGUGCUUUUAGUAACAAUUGAGGGCACUGAUGCACGCCUUGUCAGCAUUGAUGUUUUGCACUUGGUUUUUUCUGCCUUUGGAUUUGUGCAUAAGAUCACUACCUUUGAGAAAACAGCUGGAUUUCAGGCGUUGGUGCAAUUUUCGGAUGCGGAGACUGCCUCAUCUGCUAAGAAUGCCUUGGAUGGGAGAAGCAUCCCUAGGUAUUUACUUCCUGAUCAUGUUGGACCAUGUUCCCUUAGAAUUACUUACUCUGCCCAUACUGAUUUGACUGUGAAAUUUCAGAGUCAUCGAAGCAGGGACUACACUAAUCCUUAUCUUCCUGUUGCUCCAUCGGCCAUAGAUGGAAGUGGUCAGUUCACCGUGGGUUUGGAUGGAAAGAAACUUGAACCAGAGAGUAAUGUUCUUCUUGCCUCCAUUGAGAAUAUGCAGUAUGCAGUCACCUUGGAGGUUUUGCACAUGGUUUUUUCUGCAUUUGGACCUGUCCAGAAGAUUGCCAUGUUUGAUAAGAAUGGGGGAGUCCAGGCCUUGAUUCAAUAUCCAGAUGUUCAGACUGCGGUAGUUGCCAAGGAAGCCCUCGAGGGACACUGUAUUUAUGACGGAGGGUUUUGCAAGCUUCACAUCUCAUAUUCACGCCAUACUGACUUGAGUAUCAAGGUGAAUAAUGACCGAAGUCGAGACUAUACAAUUCCAAAUAAUCCUCCCAUGGUGAAUUCUCAACCGCCUGUUGUGGGGCAGGGGCCGGGGCAGGGGCAGGGGCAGCAACCACCACAUCAAAUGAUGGGUCCUUCCACCCAUCAAUACAAUGGAAACCAGUAUGGUCCUUCCGGAGAGCAGCAGCCUGGGGUGCAGCCUCCACAAUCUUCAGGUUGGGGAUCGGGUGGUCCUGCUGCGACCUACUCCUCCAUGCCUAUGCACAAUCCUGGUUACAUGCCAUCGGGGACAAUGCCGCCACAGCAUGGUAUGAUGCCAAGCCCCAGUGGCUUACACCAGACACCACCACCACCAUAUCGCCCCGAUCACAGGCAAUAGCACACAUUGUCUUCUGUUUUAUAGUUGAAUGUCCAUUCAAGAAAACCAACUAAGCUUUUUUAAAAUACUAGAAAUGCAUUUUGGCAGAGGAAACAAAUGUGCAUUAAAUUCGAUGGUUACGCAAACUGUUCAGAACAAGUUAGGUCGGUUCGUUUCCCUUUUAUUUUUAAGGGAUGUGAAUGAAUUGUAAGAUCCCGAGUGUGAAGAACCGAGCACCUUUCUUUGAAGCCAAGUGACAUUAAACUCGGUUAUUGAUGAUCACUGUUUUAUAAACCUCCCUCUUCCUUUUGCCUAUUCUUAUCACUUCUUGAACUCAAUCAUCAUUUAUGCAAUGUACUUAUUUCAACUGUGGCUAAACUUAGUAGUUUAAGAGGACAAGCUGAUGAAACAUUGUAUUGAGGACACUUUUAUCUAUAUCUAAAAAUGUGUUUUUUCUUUGUUA